UUGGCUGAGAGCAAACCGAGCCGCAGCCGUAGCCUGCACCGUUGCGACGCCAGCCCAGGCCGCAUCGCAAAAGCUGGCUCCAUCGCGCGCCUGUUCCAUCUGGAGGCUCUGCUGGCGGCGAAUGCUCCCAUGAGCUGCAGCUGAACUCGACCACCGAGGUUCAUCCACCGCGCAGCGUGAAAACACUGCAAGCCCGAGAUCAACCACAUACCGCUCUCCACCCUCACCAUAACCCAUGGCUGCGUCAACGCGAGCCAUCACGCCCACCCACACUGGGCCGUUCCCCGUGCCAAACAGGUCGGCUACGCCCAACUCGCACGCCGGCGCAACCUUUGGCACUCAUCUCACAAAGUCACCGCGGGGCCUCUCGCCAAGACGCUCACCGCAGCCGCUCACCGGAGCCGCCGCGCUCAAUGACGAGCGCCAGCGACAACAUCAGCUGCUGCGCCAGUCGAGUCCCAAUCCCGCGCACGCCGUUGUCCAGAGCCUCAUCGGCACAGCGCAGUCAGCCGUGAACAACUCAAAGGACGCGCCAGCACACGCGACCAGCCCGAUGGACAAGGCGGCCCAGAAGCCCCUGGUCAUCCCCGAGGCGGGCCAGAUGACGGGUGACAACAUGCAAACAAGUCCAGUGAGCCUCUCGAGUUUCGGCUCCAACGACUCGAACCACGCUCCGAACGCGCCUGCCAUGGAAGGCUCGACCCCGCAGAUCAACAUGGAAGGCGUGUCCCAGCAGCAUCAGCAACCACCACCGCCGCAACACCAUCACCAGCACAUUGCCCCUAAUCCGAACGAAAAUCCAGGCAACCGCGCUUUCACCUUCCCGGGACCGCUGGCGGAACACGACCCCCGCGCGCCGACGCGCCAAAUGAGCUUGCCCGGCUACCAGAACAGCCCGAAGUCGCCCUCGACUAAGCGCCACAAGUGCCCGUACUGCGCGACUGACUUCACGCGACACCACAACCUGAAGAGUCAUCUCCUGACCCACAGCCAGGAGAAGCCGUAUGAGUGCCCAACUUGCCAGGCUCGUUUCCGACGACUCCACGACCUGAAGCGCCACACAAAACUGCACACCGGAGAACGCCCUCAUACGUGUCCGAAAUGCGGUCGUCGAUUCGCUCGCGGAGAUGCACUCGCCCGACACAACAAGGGACAGGGUGGUUGCGCAGGCCGCCGGUCCAGUUUCGGAAUGGACAGUGAGGAGAUGGCCGACGGGAAGGGAGAUGAUGGCAUGGACGGCGUUAUGUACCAUGAUGGUGAAGGCGAAGAAGACGAUGAGGGCCGGCGUGUGAGCGAGCCGGCGCGUAAGAGGCAAAACACUGGAAGCUCUACGCAAGGUCCGUAUCGCCAGCACUCAAGUACCUACCCGCCUCUCGCUGCGAACCGCGGUUCAUAUAGCAGUGGGAAUAACCUAUACCCGCCUGGUCCCAGCGGUCCCUCAGGUAACCAACCCACUAACAUCUCGCCCAAACUAGCUCCCGGCAGCCUGUCAAACCUUCACUACACGGCAAGUCAAGCGAAUAUGUUCAGCCAGGGAGGCCCGCCAAUGACAGAGAGUCCCAAGCCUCUGUCCCCAGGGCAGCAAGAUCAACACCGCCUGGGAGCACACGAUAACAGCAUGCCGGGCUCACGCUCGCCUAACAUCCAUCCCAACUUUCAACGCGCUCGCGAGUCGCCUUCCAUGGGUAUGGCACCUCCGCAGGCCAACAAUGGCCCUCACCUCCCUGCUUUGCCUGGUCUGGCUCCCAGUAUGCUGCCCAAACAGGGUUCUCAGGGCGGCAGCAAGAAUGGCCCCAGCAUGCUCCAGCACCAACAAGUACCAGGAUCUGGUUCGCAACCUGGCAGUGUCUCUAGUCACGGCGCAAGCAGCGGUGGCAGCAUUCGUGAGGUGAUGGGUAACCAGGGUAUCGACAUGUGGCAAUACGUCCGCGACAUGGAAGCCCGGAUGGCAAAGAUGGCGCAAGAGCACGAAUCCAAGAUGACAACACUGCAGACGGAAGUCACCACCCUUCGGGCACAACUUGCUCAGCAGCAUGCGCACAAUACCCAGCAGCAAUAGGAAGUUUUGCAUGAAACUAUUGCCCGGAUAUGGCUCGUGCACCAUACCAGUGAAAGCAAGCUACGUCAACACAAAUCACAUCACGCGCCACAGCCUACUUGGGCGCUCAAUUCGGCGAUGGAAGUUCGGAGGUGUAACAUUUGGCAACACAGAAGCCUCGAAGAACUUACGGGGUUACGAGCACCUGGCAAGGCGUUGAAGUGGGCAGGGUUUCCUGCAGCCCGAUCAGGCGGUUCUCCUCGAAAGUCAACGACUGCAACAACAAAACUGGGUAGACAUGAGAUACAGCAUCGUCGAAUAUCCGGUUGUAACUUUUGAACCGGAAAACUAAUUCCUAAAAUGGCUUU